GUGGGUUUUUGUGGUGUUUUGUUUUUUUCCCUUUCAAUUUCUCCCACCUCCGCCAAAUCAAAACAUUGACAAGGAACAAAGUGGAAAGGAAUGUACAACAAGAUCACCAAACAGGCCGCACAGAGGCUUUCACAGGCAGACAUAAAGACGCAUUUGACCAAACUGCCCGGGUGGACCUUGAAGGAUGGCUCGAUAACAAAAGACUUCGAACUGAAAGACUUUGAGAAGACCUGGUCAUUUCUAAACAGAGUUGCAAUGCGUAGCCAUCUAUGGGGGCAUCAUCCAACAAUACUCACAACAUAUAACAAAGUGUGCAUCACUUUGACUACGCAUGAUAUUGGUGGUGUAUCUGAUAUCGAUGUCAAGUUAGCAAAGAGGAUCAACGGGUACGAACACGACUAAGGGAAGGCGACUACAAACGGUAAACCAAGAGUAAUGAUGCUGAAGCGCCAUGAUAAUGGAUUAAGAUGGUAAGGAAGAAUAACAAUAGCAAUUACCUGUAAUUAACCAACCGAAUG